AUGGAUAGACUCAAGCAAAUCGCCAAACAGACUGUAGCAGGAUCGGCUCCUGUGUCGUCUCCGAUGCACCCCUUGGAUCCUCUUUCACCUCAAGAGAUCAAGGCAGUGGCCAGCAUUGUCAAGGCCAAGAACAAGGGAAAGGAGAUUAUGUUCAACACUGUCACUCUUAAGGAGCCUGUGAAGCUGGCUUACUACCACUGGAAGGAGAAGGGUGGUCCAAUGCCUGCUAGAUUGGCUUAUUAUGUGGUGGUUGAAGAGGGAGCAACUGCGGUUCAAGAAGGCUUGGUUGAUAUUCCUGGGCAGAAAGUUAUUGAUAUUAGAAACACCGAAGGAGUCCAGCCUAUUUUGACUCCAGCAGACUUGCAAGCAACGGAGGAUAUCGUUCGUAACGAUCCAACUGUUAUUGAGCAGUGUGUUUUGAGUGGGGUCCCAAAGGAAGACAUGAAAAAUGUCUACUGUGAUGCUUGGACUAUUGGUUACGAUGAGAGAUGGGGAGCUUCCAGAAGAUUGCAACAAGCCCUUAUGUACUGGCGCUCGGACGAAGAUGACCUGCACUAUUCUCAUCCUUUGGACUUUUGUCCUAUUGUCGAUAUGAAUGCCAAGAAGGUGAUUUACAUCGAUAUUCCCAACAGAAGAAGAAAGGUUUCGAAACACAAGCACGCCAACUUCCACCCCAACUCCAUCAAGGCAAAGUAUGGAACCAAGGAGAACCCUCUGGGCUACAGACAGGACGACACUCCUAUCAAUGUUACCCAGCCCAAUGGUGUUUCGUUCAAGAUGGCUGGAAAUGUUAUCAACUGGUCGAACUUUUCCAUUCAUAUUGGUUUCAACUAUCGUGAGGGUAUUGUGUUGAGUGAUAUCACAUACAACGACCAUGGAAAAGUUAGACCUAUGUUCCACAGAAUCUCUUUGUCUGAGAUGAUUGUACCUUAUGGGUCUCCCGAUUUCCCUCACCAAAGAAAGCAUGCUUUGGAUAUUGGAGAGUACGGAGCUGGUAACUGUACCAAUCCGCUCUCGCUUGGAUGUGAUUGUAAGGGUGUGAUUCACUACAUGGAUGCUCAUUUCCCUGGCAAGACUGGAGAGCCAGUCACUGUGAAAAAUGCGGUGUGUAUCCACGAGGAAGACGAUGGAAUCCUUUUCAAGCACUCCGACUUCAGAGACGAUUUCCAGACCACCAUUAAUACCAGAGGUAAGAAGUUGAUCAUUUCUCAAGUGUUCACCGCUGCAAACUACGAGUACUGCUUGUACUGGAUUUUCAGACAAGAUGGUACCAUCAAGUUGGAGAUCCGUUUGACUGGUAUCUUGAACACUUAUGUGUGUGAUGUCGACGAAGAUGUUGGUCCAUGGGGAACCCAAGUUUACCCUGGUGUAAAUGCCCACAACCACCAGCACUUGUUCAGCUUGAGAAUGCACCCAAGAAUUGAUGGAGACAACAAUUCUGCUGCCACCAGUGAUGCCAAGCCAUCGCCAGCAGCUUUUGGAUCCAGCGCCAAUAUGUAUGGAAAUGCCUUUUAUGCGGAGAAGAAGACGUUCAAGACGGUGGCCGAUUCGUUGACCAAUUACGAUUCUCUGACAAUGAGAUCAUGGGAUAUGUUCAACCCCAAGUCUAUCAACCCACACUCGGGUAAGCCUGCUAGUUAUAAGUUAGUGUCCACUUUCUGUCCACCAGUGUUGGCUAAGGAGGGAUCGUUGGUGCGUAAGAGAGCACCAUGGGCAGAACACUCGAUGAAUGUUGUUCCAUACGCCGAUGAAGAUGGUGGAUACGGAAGAUUGUGGCCAUCUGGAGACCAUGUGGCACAAUGGAGUGGAGACGGAUCCCGUGGUAUGAGAAAAUGGGUUGGUGAUGGACAAGACUCGAUUGAGAAUACCGAUAUUGUUCUCUUCCACACAUUUGGUAUUACCCAUUUCCCAGCCCCAGAAGACUUCCCAGUCAUGCCCACCGAGAUCUUUGAGCUUAUGUUGCGUCCUAGACAUUUCUUUACCGAGAACCCAUGUCUUGACAUCAAACCUUCGUAUAUUAGAACCACCAGUGAGGUUAGAAAGGGCACUCAAGGAAUUGAUUCGUGCUCUUUGAAUGUCGACACGACAUCAAGACUCGCUUUCAGCAACACCAGCGGCUGUUGCAAUGAGUAG